AUGAAGGGAUUGUUCUAUGGUGGGCCGGGCAACUUGAGUGAUGGUAGUAGCCUGGUGACCAGUAACUGGGGACCUAAGUUUGGUGAUGGUGAUGUCAUUGGAAUGCGGUUGGAGCAGACUGGUGACAAUACUGUGCUGGCAUUCUCUAAAAAUGGAAGUGGACUUGGAGUGGCAUUUGACAUUUCUGGCUACAGUGGCAAGGAGUUCCGUCCAGCGGUUUCCAUGGAUGAACCAGGACAGGGUGUGACAAUCUCUGAGACUGCUACUUCUAGCCUGGAUGCUUUCCAGCUUGUUCCCACUCCAAGACAAGGGGUGGAAGGAGACUGGCAGGGGAGGUUCAAGCUGAUAAUUGAGAAAACUGGAGAAGGAGCCUGGCACAUUGCAGCCGAAGUGGCCAACAUUAUAUCCUGCAAUGUAACUCAGGGUGCUGAUGGUAAACUUGUGUCAGGACCAGUCAUGUCAACAAGGAUGAUGCCACCUCCAGAGCUCCAACCGCUGGAGAAUGAGGCUUCCGCCAUUCUGGAAGGUCUGACUUCACUCAGACGGGGAGGAGAGACCCUGGUGCUGGAAGGAGGAGGAAAGAAGGAGAUCUUUACACCUGCUGCUGGACCUGGUCCUGCCACCAAAGACAGUGUCAACUGGAUGCAUUGA